UGGAGCAUCUGUUCAUCAUAUGACACUAAUUAAUAGCACACUUGCGUCCGAGCCAAACCACAGGUCUGUCUCAGAGGACAUGGGCACAACCAGCUGUUUUUAGCUUAAAGCCGUUUCAUGACUUGUUGUCUAGCCUGCAUUUUAUUUUUUAACAGACACCGAUGCUUAAAAACUCCAACAGAAGGCAGAGACGUGUAAGGUGAAAGAGUGCUGUGUUUUCAUGGGCCAUUGCUCUACGAAGCUAAGUGUGUUAAGAUAAACAUCAAGGACAAACAAAUCAAAUACUUUAUUCAUUACAGUGGGUGGAAUAAGAACUGGGACGAAUGGGUUCCUGAAAGCAGGGUGCUUAAGUAUGUGGAUAGUAAUCUGCAGAAACAGAGAGAGCUUCAGAGGGCCAAUCAAGACCAUUAUGUAGAAGGAAAAAUGAGGGGUCAAGCGCCAAAUAAGAAGAUACCUACGGCAUCGCAGAAAAACGAUGUGAAAACCAAAAAGAACAAACAGAAGACUCCUGGAGCAGGAGAAGGGACUAGUUCAGGAGGAGAUCCAACCCAUCCUCCACGCAAGAAAAGAGCUCGUGUUGACCCAACUGUGGAAAGCGAGGAAACUUUCAUAAAUCGAGUGGAGGUCAAAGUGAAAAUCCCAGAGGAGCUGAAACCCUGGCUUGUGGACGACUGGGACUUGAUUACACGGCAAAAGCAGCUUUUCCACCUACCUGCCAAAAAAAAUGUUGACACAGUCCUUGAAGAUUAUGCAAACUACAAGAAAUCAAGAGGAAACUCAGACAGCAAGGAGUUUGCUGUAAACGAGGUGGUUGCUGGUAUCCGUGAAUAUUUCAAUGUUAUGCUGGGGACACAACUUCUCUACAAAUUCGAGAGGCCUCAGUACGCAGACAUCCUUGCCAACCACCCAGAUACACCAAUGUCUCAGAUCUAUGGGGCUCCUCACCUACUCAGACUCUUUGUGAGAAUCGGAGCCAUGCUGGCGUACACUCCCCUGGAUGAGAAGAGCCUUGCACUGCUGCUCAGUUACCUACAGGACUUCCUCAAGUAUCUUGUAAAAAACUCUGCAUCGCUCUUCAAUGCAAGCGACUAUGAAGUUGCCCCUCCAGAGUACCACCGCAAGGCAGUGUAAGGUUUUUUAUUUUCGGAUCAGAAGGCUUUGUGUGUUGACGUUUGGAGACAUUCUUCCCAGUUGAAAGGAUGUUUUCACAAAACGCCUUUGGAGAGCGGAUUGUGAGAGAUCUGUUGACGAUGUAGAGGAGAAUUGGAGCAAGAUGUCACACUAAUCCCUGGACAAAUCCAUUUUCUUUCAUGUGGAAAGCUGCUGAUUAUGCUGUUCCUGUACUGGUAUGUUUUUGAGUACCACUUUGUAGUUUGUUUGUUUGUUUUUUUUUAAUUUUGUUUUUGUUUGGGUUUUUUUCUCUCUUUAGAGAAAAGAAUUUCACGUUCCCUAUUUUGAUUCAGAUGCUGGCUUAAUUUGUCAUGUAGGCUGUCACCAUUUUUCUAAUAAAACCAUUCUCCAGAUGUUUGUCCUUACAUUUA